AUGAUCAAGAUCCCACUGAAUACACUCUCAGCCAAGAGCGCUGCAGCACUCGAUCAAGAGCUCAUGUCCUCAGGUGCAUUUUCGAUCGACCAGUUGAUGGAGCUUGCUGGUCUGUCUGUAUCACAAGCAGUCUUCAAGCUCCAGCCAUUGAACAAGGGCAAGAGAAUCUUGGUCGCUUGCGGUCCAGGUAACAACGGAGGUGAUGGGCUCGUUGCUGCGCGACACCUCUUUCAUUACGGAUACCAGCCGACCAUUUACUACCCGAAGCAGAGCAAGAAUGAACUGUACCAGCGUCUAAGGAAGCAACUCGAGGACCUAAAAGUACCCUUCACUGAAGAUUUCCCCGGCGCUUUAAAGCAGACUGAUCACGUUGUGGAUGCCAUUUUCGGCUUCUCCUUUUCUGGUGAAGUUCGUGAACCUUUCCCCAAGGUCAUCGAAGCAUUGGAGUCUACGUCAAUCCCAGUCCUAGCAGUUGAUGCACCCUCAUCAUGGAGCAUUGAAGACGGUCCGCCAGAAUCUGGCCCAGGCAAGGGGUUCAUGCCGCCUGCGCUCAUCAGUCUGACCGCACCAAAGCCGCUCGUCAAGCAUUUCAAGGGCAGGCACUUCCUCGGGGGACGCUUCUUGAGUCCGGAAAUGGCAGAGCAGUACAAUCUGGAUAUUCCAAAGUAUGAAGGACUGGACCAGGUCGUGGAGGUACCGGUUGAGAGCGGGAAGCUGUGA